AUGCCUUCAAUCACGAAGCAGCUGCCAACUGUUUCCAAAAAGGCCAUCGCACAUGACUCGACCUGUGCGAUGGCAUACUGGGGUCUUGCAUACACCUUGGGUCCCAACUACAACAAAACUUGGCAAUCCUUCGACGAGCAAGAACUCGAGGUCGCCGUGCAGCGAACCCAUGAAGCUGUCGCAGAGGCCCAGAUACACGCCACAACCACCCAACCUGUGGAAGCAGCGCUCAUCGCAGCCCUGCAACAUCGAUACCCCCAGAAUGUGGCGCCCGAUGACUUUAAUGGCUGGAAUCAGAAGUACGCUAACGCCAUGGAGUCCGUUUACUUACGCUUUCCCAAUGACUUGGAUGUGGUGGCUUUGUACGCGGAUGCCCUCAUGAAUCUGACUCCAUGGGCCCUCUGGGACUUACGAACUGGUCUGCCUGCAGCUGAUGCGCGCACUGCGGAUAUUAAGAAGGUAUUAGAUCUGGCACUGACCCAGGACGAGGCGCUACGACACCCGGGAAUCCUGCAUCUAUACAUCCACUUAAUGGAGAUGUCCAGUGAGCCAGAAGCAGCACUGAGUGUAGCAGACCAUUUGCGGGGUUUAGUACCUGAUGCAGGCCAUCUUAAUCACAUGCCAUCGCACCUGGACAUUCUCUGUGGUGACUAUCGACGGGCGAUUGCGUCGAACUCGGACGCAAUUCGAGCCGAUGAGAAGUUCCUUGCCCGUGAGGGCGCAGUCAAUUUCUAUACGCUAUACCGAUCGCAUGACUAUCAUUUCAGAGUAUAUGCGGCGAUGUUUGCGGGGCAGUCGCAAGUUGCGUUGGAGACGGUAAAGAGUCUAGAGUCAUCCAUUCCAGAGCAGCUCCUCCGUAUCGAGUCCCCGCCUAUGGCUGACUGGCUGGAAAGCUUUGUGAGCAUGAAUGUACAUGUUCUGAUUCGAUUUGGACGUUGGGAGGAUCUUCUUGCUCUUGAAUACCCGCAUGACACGCAGCUAUAUUGCGUCACCACUGCAAUGAUCCAGUACGGAAAAGGUGUAGCGCUGGCUGCGCUUGGGAGGAUUGAUGAGGCGAGUCAACAGAGCGCGUUGUUCAAGGAGGCUGUGAAGCGCGUACCAUACAGCCGAAUGUUAUUUACCAACAAAUGUCUGGAUAUUUUGGCCGUGGCUGACGCUAUGCUGGAUGGAGAGCUCGAGUAUCGCCGUGGCAACUAUGACGUGGCCUUCACCCAUCUACGGCGAUCUAUUACCCUGGAUGAUGGAUUACCGUAUGACGAGCCGUGGGGGUGGAUGCAACCGACCCGCCAUGCGUACGGCGCUCUCCUGCUAGAACAGGGCCAUGUCCAGGAGGCAGCCGCAGUGUACCAGGCUGAUCUUGGAUUUGACGACACGCUGCCUCGUGCAAGGCAACACCCGAACAACGUAUGGGCGUUGCAUGGGUACUACGAAUGUCUGAACAGACUGGGACGAACGGCCGAAGCUCAAAUAGUGAAGCCUUUCUUGAAGCAAGCAGUUGCAACGGCCGAUGUUCCAAUCAGGUCAUCUUGCUAUUGUCGUCAGGGAAUUGCAACAUUGUGUACGCAAGAAGCUAAACCGCGGGCCGCUAGAUUCUAG